AAGAGAAAUUCGUUUUCAGACGCGUCCUACAGGAGAAAGCUCCCGAUAUGCCACAAUACACCGGACAAAGCGACACGGAUUACCAUGGGAGUAACGGGCAGGCGGACACCCAUUCGUUGCAUUCAUCUCACUUGUCUGUCCAGGAAGAUCCUCUGCUUAUUCGAACUCACAAGCAACAGACUUCUCAACAAGUAACGACCGUGACGAAAGUAGUGCGUGAGGUUUCCCACAUGGAGCCAGAUCCAGGAGCAGUCAGCUAUAUGUCGGUGCCGCUGAUGUCGCAGGAAUAUCAACAUGCAGAUCCGCGCUACUCCGCGGAUCCGUACAUGGUCAGUUUUGACCAUUAUGAUCCGUAUCUUGGGUAUCCGCCGCAGCCUGGGUACCCGGGAUCUCACGGCAUUUACAUGCCGCGGUCGCACUCUCCGCACAGUCCUCACAGUCCGUCAGAACAUAGUCGUGCUUCCCCACCACACGAGUACAUGCGCAAGGGCGCGCCUUAUGUGGAAGGUAGCUAUAACGACAUUGACCCCAGCUUAAAUCCCGCUUUGCAAGACCAUUAUCGCAUUACUCCGAGCCCAGGUGGUCCUGGAGAUCAGUACGAUCGAAUCAGCAACACGUGGAAUAUGGAUGACUCUGGUGAACCCUCUCAGCAUCCUCAUGAUGAAAGCAAAGUAGCCUACGGAUACGUGUCGCCAUCGCCAUACGGACCUGUAGGAUACGGGCCUGCCGUGGGUGUUGGGCCUGUGCCAAGCGAUGUGCCUGGUUACGAGGAGGGUCAUUCGGGUGUACAGCUGACAUCAGGUGUGCCACCUGGCAUCUUUGAGGACGAGGUGCAUUUGCAACGACUUCAGUCGCGUCACCCAGUAGUGCCUGGUAUGGCAAGUCCUCUCGAUGACGAUCAGAAAUCCAUGCGCUGGCGGGAUCCAAACCUAUCCGAAGUAAUCGGCUUCCUCAGCAAUCCCAGCAACGUCAUCAAGGCAAACGCGGCCGCCUACUUGCAGCACCUCUGCUACAUGGAUGAUCCGAACAAACAGAAGACACGCAGUCUUGGCGGCAUACCGCCGUUGGUGCAGCUGCUGGAACACGACAAUCCAGACGUGUACAGAAACGCGUGCGGUGCACUUCGGAAUCUGUCUUACGGCCGGCAGAACGAUGAGAACAAACGCGCGAUCAAAAACGCCGGCGGAGUACCGGCUCUCAUUAGUCUGCUGCGAAGAACAUCGGACGCGGAUGUCAAAGAGCUGGUUACAGGGGUACUAUGGAACUUGUCCUCGUGUGAAGAUUUGAAGAGGUCGAUCAUCGAUGACGGCGUAACGAUGGUGGUAAACAACAUAAUAAUACCUCACAGCGGCUGGGACCCGAGCUCGUCGAACGGAGAGACGUGUUGGUCUACGGUCUUCCGAAACGCGUCCGGCGUGCUGAGGAAUGUUUCUAGCGCAGGCGAGUACGCGCGAAAGAACUUACGCGAAUGCGAGGGUCUUGUGGACGCGCUGCUUUACGUGGUGCGUUCGGCGAUUGAGAAGUCCAACAUCGGCAACAAGAUUGUUGAGAAUUGUGUGUGCAUCCUGAGAAACCUGAGCUAUCGUUGUCAGGAGGUAGAGGAUCCCAAUUACGAUAAACAUCCGAUCCAGUCCACGGUGCAAAACAGAGUAGCUGCACCCGCGAAAGCAUACAGUUUAUGUCAAGGCGAGAAUCUGGGUUGUUUCGGCGGCAGUAAAAAGAAGAAGGACGGUCAACCGGUCCAGAAGGAAAACACUACGUCGCGUAUGACGAGUCCACGAACCGAGCCAAUUAGAGGAAUGGAACUGCUCUGGCAACCGGAGGUGGUUCAGUCAUAUCUUAGUCUUUUACAGUCUUGUUCGAAUCCAGAGACACUGGAAGCCGCCGCUGGUGCGCUGCAGAAUCUCGCUGCCUGUUACUGGCAGCCGAGUAUCGAGAUUCGCGCGGCCGUUCGUAAAGAGAAGGGCCUCCCUAUAUUAGUAGAACUCUUAAGAAUGGAGGUACAAACUCAAAAGAUUCAAGUGGAUCGAGUGGUUUGCGCGGUGGCGACUGCGCUAAGAAAUUUGGCGAUAGACCAGCGCAAUAAAGAAUUAAUAGGCAAGUAUGCGAUGAGGGAUCUUAUUCAGAAGCUACCAUCUGGAAAUAAUCAACACGAUCAGGCAACGAGCGAUGAUACGAUCGCCGCAGUGCUCGCUACCCUCAACGAAGUCAUUAAGAAGAACGCCGAAUUCUCACGGUCAUUACUAGAUGCCGGCGGCGUCGACAGAUUAAUGAAUAUUACUAGACAACGCCAAAAAUACACGCCUCGUGUGCUUAAAUUUGCAGGUCAAGUGUUAUACACCAUGUGGCAACAUCAAGAACUAAGAGAUGUAUACAAAAAGCACGGUUGGAAGGAGCAAGACUUUGUUACGAAAACCGUAGCUGCCAGAAAUUCAGGGCCUAAUUCACCCAACAACGCCAAUAGAUUUUUUCACGCGGAGUCCUCGAAACUUCUUUUAAGGAUUUUCGAUUCUACGUUAAAAUGUAGUUACGAUUGCAGUACUUUAAAUCGACCAAUGGCAAGUCAAGGGAGCACGAGAUAUGAGGAUCGAACGAUCCAACGUGCGAACAUGAAUUCGAAUAAUGUCGGUCGACCUACUAUAUAUCAAUCACAGCCGAAACCCGGUGAGCCGCUCUACGCGCAAGUUAAUUUGGAGAAGAAAAAGAAGCGACAGUACGAGCUGGGGGUGGGCCAGGGUGGUGGUGGCGGCGGCGGCGGCCAAGUGAUUGGUCAAGUCGGCAGCGGCGUCACGAUACCCGUUGGUGGCGGAGUGACUGGGCCCGGCGGCGGCGGUAAUGGUGGAGGCGGUAGCAAUCAGUGGAUAUCCGAUGGUGUCGGAUUAGUGCCGGACGGCACGGGGACGGCAGUCACGACGGUGGCCAAUCAGGUGCCCCCGAGCGCGACUGUCGCCGCCGCUGGCGACUCCUGGGUGUAACGUGAUUACACGAGAAUACUAGAUCCUCACUGGAAACCUUGAGCUUGUCCCCGAGUUGCAGUCUCUAACUAUAUUAUUGUGUAGAUGUGGAAGAUCGUCCAAUUUUUUAAGAAAUCUACGUUGACCUUCCCGAAUGCAGAGCGACUUUCCUGUUGUGGAUUUUUGGGAAUUAAGAAACGUUUAUUUUGGACUCUGCGAAGAAAGUUUGAUACUAAGAAACGGCUGCUCGUUUACGUUUUUUUGCGAAGAAACUUCAUGGCUAAGUUAGUCAAACGAUUAAGGGAAUUGGCAAGUUUAGAGGAACGUUUAUUUGCAGGGUGUUAAAGUAAGGAAACUAUAUGAGAGAUCGUAGUAACUUAUAUUACGGAAUAUAAAAAAUGGUGUGAAUCGUUGAUAUAGUUCGAUUACGUGCAUUUGUUCGCGCAAAAAUAAUAUCAAAUGUUUAGAAGAGUUACGCGAGCUAGCUUUUAAAGAGGAAAAGGAAGCGAAAUAAUUACGCUUUGCAAGGUGUACAGAAACAGAAACGUCCAUGUUAUGAAUCUCCAUUAAGAAGAAUUUAAAACAAAAAAUGGCAGCUGAAUCCGAAUUUGGGAUAGUAACGACAAGGCAGCGCUCCUGAAUUAGACUGAGCUUAGAGUUUUAUUGAACUAAGUUAAAACGCGGGAAUGAGAGGAACUGUACAUUUAUUUCCGGUGAAGAAUUGAAGAUGUAAUAUAAGUAUAAUACAGAUAAAGUUUAUGGGAAAAACGCGCGCGAGAGAGAGAGAGAGAGAGAGAGAGAGAGCGAUCAAGUUGUCGAAUGAAAAAAGAACGAGGGCGAGUUUUUAUGGAAAACUCGAUUCCAAUUGCAAGGAAUUGUCUUGUCUCGGUUGCAAAGAUGCAAAGAGCUCUUUUUUCUUCGAUUUCCCAUAUGUUGAAACGACGCGUUAUAAACGGAACAAGCUCGAAAUAGUCGGGGAAAAGAGAAAAAAGGUUGAGAUCAAAGGCUCUGUGCACGAGCAAAAUAAAUCGAAAACGUCUUUGGUUACGCUCCGAUUAAAUAUACUUGAACUGUGAAAGAAAAAGCCGCGACCUUGAAAAGAAACCCUGACGCAUUUAUCGGAGUCCGAGAACUUAGAAAAUAAGAAUUAUUUGAGAAAAAGACGGGGAUCAUCGAGCGAAUCUGGCAUAACGCGAAAAUGCACUUGCAAUCUCAUUAUACUCGAUAAAUAAGCAGCGAGAAACAAUGAGAGAGAGAUAGAAAGAAAGAGAGAGAGAGAGAGACAGAGACAGAGAGAGAGAGCAUACGUCGCAGCUAACCACAUCCGCAGCAGUAGUCGCACUAAUGGCUCUAAUAUCUUCAUUGCACAAUUCUAAAUUAAAUAUGUACACACCGCGUAAUAUAAAAUAUGUAUUACACAAGAUCGCAUACAUUUCUACACGUUAUACAUACACCGUUAUGAUCUUAAACGUAUAUUUUAAGGCAAUAUCAGCGGUUGACAUCAAGCGUAUACACCCGAGAUCAUCGCGACGUACUGCGCUAAGAAUAAUUAGACGUGUCUCUGUGUGAGUAUUAUAAAUAAGUGAAAGCAAAGAGGCGUCAACGCGCGCGGAGAAAUCAUCCGCGUAAUUUUUUAUGCAGCUCGAUAGUUUACACGAAGACGUAAAAUAAUAUUCCUUAGAAUUGUAUUUAAACAAUAAAGCGCAAGAUUAUAAUAGAUACACAUUCGAUUAUUACAGUUGUAACUCGACGAUUAAUUGUAAUUUAUAAGACAAACUGUUAUGAUUGUUUGACAAAAGUUUUAGUUUGCCCAAGCGACGUAACGAAGGAGAAUGGUAUUUGAUUGAAACAAAAAAAGAAAACAAAAGACAAAGCUGUAUGUAUAUACCUCUGUUAGUGUAAAUCGCAUAAAAGUUAAUUGAGAUAAAUAUUUAAUCCCUAUUAUAUAGUAUGAUAAGAGAGAUUGCAUUUGCACUUGCUUCUUUGUAAUAUUUGGACGCCCACCAAUUGUCGCGCGCGUGCGCGUGUAUUAUAAAUAUAAAAAUUUAUAUA